UCGGCCAUAUCCGGAUGUUUUCGGUCUCCGAUAACGGUUGGUAUGUUCAAAUCUUUGAUGCUAGCUUCACCUUGCUACUUCUGGCCUGUAUUGAACUAGAAAGGAGUAGGAGAAAGAGGGAAGCCAAAGGGGAGACGAGGAGCCUGGCUACGGAAUGACGGUGUUGCAGGAACCUGUCCAGGCAGCUGUCUGGCACGCUCUAAACCACUAUGCCUACAGAGACGCUGUGUUCCUGGCAGAGAGGCUCUAUGCUGAAGUGCAUUCAGAAGAGGCUCUCUUCCUCCUGGCUACAUGUUACUAUCGCUCUGGAAAGGCCUACAAGGCUUACCACCUCCUCAAAGGGCACAGCUGCACCACACCACAGUGCAAAUACCUCCUCGCCAAGUGCUGCGUGGAACUCAGCAAGCUGGCAGAGGGUGAGCAGAUCCUCACGGGAGGAGUCCUGAACAAACAGAAGAGCCAGGACGAUAUCGUGACCGAGUUCGGCGACUCAUCCUGUUUCACACUGGCGCUGCUCGGGCAGAUCUACUGUAAAACAGAUCGCUUGGCUAAAGGGGCUGAAUGUUACCAGAGGAGCCUGAGUGAGAAUCCUUUCCUCUGGUCGCCCUUCGAGUCCCUCUGCCAAAUUGGUGAGCGGCCAGAUCCCGAGCAGAUCUUCAGGUUAACCUCUCUGCAGAGCUUCAGCGGGGGCAGUGGAGGAGGUGCCCCCUCCUUCCCCAUGAGCCCUGCCCACACCCCUAGCCAUAACAUGCCCCACCGGCAGGUUGACUCCGUUCUCAUGGAGACGCCCCAGGACACCCUGGAACUGAACCGGCUCAAUCUGGAGUCAUCCAACUCGAAGUACUCCUCUCUUAACACAGACUCCUCUAUGUCUUACAUCGACUCCUCUGUCAUCUCGCCUGACUCUGUGCCACUGAGCACGGGUGGCUCGCUGCUGUCCAAGCAGGUGCAGAACAAGCCCAAGAGCGGGCGCUGUCUACUUGGAGGCACUGCUGCCCUGAGCCCUCUCACCCCCAGUUUCGGAAUCUUGCCCCUUGACCCUAGCCCAGGAGACCCCUCCUAUCUGCAGAACUACAGUCACAGUGGGACAGGGAUGGAGCCACCCCCACCACCUGGCCCACCAAAAAAGAGCGUCAGCAGAAUCAGUCAAGUGGGGACGAAGUCGGUGUUUUCACAGAGUGGCAACAGCAGAGAGGUGAUUCCAAAUCCCUUUAACCAGACCCAGACUACUGCCCCACAGACCAGUACUACGCCUCAAGUGCUGAGUCCCACCAUUGCUGCUCCACCCAACGUGCAGCCGCGCCGGAGCUCCAGACUCUUCACCAGUGCCAGCUCCACUGCCAAGGAGAACAGCAAGAAGCUAAAGAUGAAGUUCCCCACCAAGAUCCCCAACAGGAAGACGAAGACAAAAACGGGGAAAGGGGGGGUCACCCCGUCCAGCCUGAACGAGAGCAUCGAGAUCCUGAAGCUGGACUCGUCCAUGGCAGAGGGGAAGGGUAACAUCAGCUCGCCCCAGUUUCAGGCCUUCACAUUACAGAAGGCUGCAGCAGAUGGGCUGAUGUCUCUGAUGCGAGACAUUGGCCGCGGCUACCUUGCCCUGUGCUCAUACAACUGCAGGGAGGCCAUCAGCAUCCUCAGCCAGCUUCCUGCACACCACUACAACACAGGCUGGGUGCUGGGCCAGAUCGGCCGCGCGCACUUUGAACUGGCAGAGUACAUGCAGGCUGAGAGGAUCUUCUCUGAAGUGCGGCGCAUUGAAAGCUAUCGGGUGGAAGGGAUGGAAAUCUACUCUACUACACUAUGGCACCUACAGAAAGAUGUGGCGCUCUCUGCACUGUCUAAAGAGCUUACUGACAUGGACAAAAAUUCACCAGAGCCCUGGUGCGUAGCUGGGAACUGUUUCAGUCUGCAGCGGGAACACGACAUAGCCAUCAAGUUUUUCACACGGGCCAUUCAGGUGGAGCCAAGCUUUGCCUAUGCCUACACCCUGCUGGGGCAUGAGCUGGUGCUGACGGAGGAGCUGGAGAAAGCCCUGGGUUGUUUCCGCAAUGCCAUUCGGCUAAAUAAGCGCCACUAUAAUGCCUGGUAUGGCUUGGGAAUGAUCUACUACAAGCAGGAGAAGUUUAACCUGGCUGAGAUUCAUUUCAAGAAGGCUUUGAGUAUUAACCCCCAGAGCUCUGUGCUACUCUGCCACAUUGGAGUGGUCCAGCAUGCAUUAAAAAAAUCAGACCAUGCUCUAGAGACCCUGAACAGAGCAAUUAGCAUUGACCCCAAGAACCCACUAUGCAAAUUUCACAGGGCCUCUAUUCUCUUUGCUAAUGAAAAAUACAAGGCAGCUCUGCAGGAGCUUGAAGAGCUAAAACAGAUAGUGCCCAAAGAGUCCCUCGUUUACUUUUUAAUAGGAAAGGUCUAUAAGAAGCUUGGUCAGACACACUUGGCCUUGAUGAACUUUUCCUGGGCCAUGGACCUAGACCCCAAAGGGGCCAACAAUCAGAUCAAAGAGGCCAUAGACAAGCGUUACCUCCCUGAUGAUGAGGAGCCCGUCACCCCCGAUGACUACCCCUUCUACUCAACGGAAGUUGAGGAGUCACAGGAGAGCAGUAUGACUGAUGCAGAUGACACACAACUUCACACCACUGAGAGUGAUGAAGUCCUGUAACCCGCUGCUCCUGGGCUCUCCUGCCUGAACUCAAGCGCAACAACAAUGGAUGCCAACCUGGGGUUACACUAAGACUCCAGCUCAGAUGAAAAGAGAAAAAAAAGACAAAUGGGAGGAAGGAGAAGAAAAAAGGAAAAACAAACUGCUGCUAAAACAGUACCUCCUCAUUUCUGUAUUUUUUACUUUUACUUGUUUUACCAUGGAGUUUUUUUUUUGUUUUUUGUUUUUUUUUUUAAAUUUCCCCUCCUGUUUUCAUCUUUAUCCCAACCCUCCAAGUUCUGUCAUUAUGCCUUACAGCUGGUGGGAUUCUCCUGGGCCAGCCAUCAUACCCAUAUCAGCAUGGGCUAUUUUACUGUCUCUCAGAAUCCCUCAAAGUCUAACCCAUUCAUAUCGCCACCUGUACCAGAGACCCAGAGACACAAUCCUCUCCAACAAGAGGCGAAGAAGAAGAAUACAAGCAAGCCACAGAGAUGUGUGGAUGUUUCUGUCUUAAUGCCUAGGCCUUUUGUUCCUUUUAUUCUCAUUUACUCUAAAUAAAGACCUGUGUAAGAGUUGCAAA